AUACCUUCUCUCAUGCUCUACUGUAAUGUCUAGCGCGCAUCACCAAACAACGAAAAGUUGACCGUGUUUUUUCAGUAUAUGAAGCUUGCCUGACUGCAGCACAAUGUCCUUGUUUGGGUGCGAUAACGCCGUUUGGGAUAACGUUACGCCCGAUAUAACAAGCGUCAGGUCUAAAGGAUUGCGCAAUUUACCGCUAUAUAGUAUACUACUGACAUUCAUAAACAAGAACCGUCGCCGUUUGAAGAGGUUAAAGCACACCAAAGACACCGUGACAGCUGAAAGUGAAGUCAACGUAUCUCGCUUGUGAAGUCAUGACGGACAGAGGACACGACUCUGUGGAUGCCAGAGAAGAGAUGAAUGAGGCAUCACACACCACGGAUCAUGGAGUGGAUCAUGCCGAUGCCAAAGCCCUUUCACACUCUUUUAAAUACAACAUGAAGCACCCCCACCUGGGACAGUGUGUCAUCAUCAACAACAAGAACUUCCUGAGAAAAACAGGAAUGGGAGUUCGGAACGGAACGGACAUGGACGCAAAGAACGCGGUGGAGGUUUUCUCAAAGCUGGGCUUCAAAAUCAAGAUCAGCAAUGACCAAACUGUCUCACAGAUGAGGGAUAUGUUAACCAAAGUGUCUGAGGAAGAUCACAGUCGUUCAGCGAUGUUUGUCUGUGUGCUGUUGAGUCAUGGAGAUGAGGGUUUGAUCUACGGCACAGACGGCUCGAUGCCGCUGAAGGAACUCUUUAGACUCUUCAGAGGAGAUCACUGCUCCACACUGGUCGGGAAACCAAAACUUUUCUUCAUUCAGGCCUGCAGAGGAGAUGAUCUGGACUCAGGCAUAGAGACUGACAGUGUGGGGGGAUCCAAUGAAGGACAGAAGAUUCCAGUCGAGGCAGAUUUUCUGUAUGCGUUCUCCACUGCACCAGGUUAUUAUUCCUGGAGGAAUGUUUGUAAUGGCUCAUGGUUCAUCACAUCGCUGUGUGACAUGCUGUCCAGAUACGGCAGGCAGCUGGAGAUCAUGCAGAUCAUGACACGUGUCAAUCAUAAAGUAGCGCUGGACUUUGAAUCCUCCUCCAAUCUGCCUGGCUUCAAUGGCAUGAAACAGAUCCCAUGCAUUGUGUCCAUGCUCACCAAAGAACUCUAUUUCCCUUAAUAAUGCUACUUCAACUUGAAAUGGGUUGUAAGAACUUCAUAAUCGUUUUAAAAUGACAAAACACACUAAUAUAUCAUGAGUAAAUGUUUUUUUUUUUGCUAGUCUGUUAUCAUUAUUUUCUGUGAUGUGUAAAAUGAUUACAUUGCUGCAUUAAGACGAGGGUUCAGAUUGUGUACACUCAGGAUGUUUUAUGAUAAAUAAACAUUUAAUUUGGUA